AUGGCCCUGCACAAAGUCUAUGUUAGUAUUAGGAGACUUUACAACCCACACUGGUGCAACAGGUUGCCAGCUGCAUUCAAGAAACUGCUGGUGCCAGGUAAGAUUCAGCCCCUUCUCUGUCCGGGAAACCUUUGGAGCAAAGAGAGUUAUGACUAUCUCAAAACUCAGAUCAGUGAGGUUCGUAUUGUGAGAGGAGAUGUUCGUGGGAAUCUGAAUUAUCCAGAACAGAAAGGGCUGACUGAUAGGCAGUUUAGAAUUGGCUGGUUCCCUGGGCAUCAAGUUAUUCCCUGGGGAGGCACAGCCAGCUUAGCCCCGUUGCAGAGUGAGUCUGAUGUGGAUAUUCUUAUCUCAGGACACACACACAAAUUUGAAGCAUUCGAGCAUGAAAAUAAAUUUUAUGUUAACCCAGGUCCUGCCACUGGAGCACAUAAUUCCUUGGAAACAAACAUGAUUCCUUCAUUCAUGUUGAUGGAUAUCCAGGCUUCCACCGCUGUCACUUAUGUGUAGCAGCUAAUUGGAGAUGAUGUGAAAGUAGCAUGAAU